UGGCCCAUCAUGGCUACCUACGUACACCGACCGCCCUUUGUGGGUUCGCCCUCUGAUGACAGCAUUUUCCCUCGAGAUGCCACUGAAGACGAGAUAGCAACACUGCCCAAAAUCACCGACAAGAUCCCGUUUGCCGCCUGGGCUGUCAUUGUUGCUGGAGCCGGUGAACGCUUUACAUACUUUGGUCUCAUUGCACCAUGGCAAAACUACAUGCAAUACCCUCAAGGCAAAGAACCGGUCCCGGGAGCUCUUGGACUGGGUCAAGCAACAGCCGUCAACAUCUCCAAUGCUUUUUUUCUGUUCUCAUUCCUGACACCAAUGCUCUUUGCGUUGAUAUCCGACAUAUGGCUAGGUAGAUACAAAACUCUACUUUUGGGUCUAGUAUGCUAUCUUGCAGGCUGUGUAGUCCUCAUUAGCACUUCGAUUCCUUCGGCUCUGGAACAAGGAGCAGGUGUUGGAGGGUUGGCUGCAGCACUGAUCUUGACUGGGCUGGGAGCUGGCUCCGUCAAAGCAACCUAUGUCCCCUUCCUGGGUGAUCAGUACAUGCAGGCCAAGCCUCAGGUGAUCCGUCAGAAGAACGCCAACUUGGUGGUCGUGGAUGGGCCGCGGACUCUGCAAUUCAUCUACAACGCUUAUUACUGGUUCACCAACAUUGCCUCCUUGAGUUCCAUACCAGUCACCUUUAUCGAGUGGCACCAUGAGUUUUGGUCAGCGUACCUUCUGGCUACUGUUACACUUUGCAUAUCGAUAGCUUUGUUUCUUUUGUGGUCCAAGAAGCUCGUCAAGGUCAAACCACAAGGCAAUGUCUUGCCCAAGGCUGUAAGAGUCCUUGUCUGUGCUUCAAAGAACGGAUUCAAGCUGGAGCACACAAAACCAUCCUAUCAAAAGACCCACCACGGCAAAGAGGUUCCAUGGACAGAUAGCUUUGUGGAAGAAAUGCGCCGCGGCAUGAUUGCCUGCAGGGUGAUCUUCUUCCUCGUCAUCUUCUACCUCUGCAUCGCCCAAAUGUACAACAACCUCGUCUCCCAAGCCGGCCAGAUGCUUCUCUCCGGUGUCCCCAACGACAUGAUCCAAGCCUUCUCUGGUGUGGCUUGCAUCAUCUUUGGGCCAAUCAUGCAAGGCCUCUACGAGUUUCUCGCUCGCCGCAAGAUUCCAUUCGGCCCCAUUGCUCGCAUCACGACGUCGUUCAUCUUCUGUGGAGCUUCCAUGGCUUACGCUGCUGGAGUUCAGAAGUUGAUCUAUUCUACCGGGCCCUGCUAUGACCAUCCCUAUAACUGCCCCGAGUCCGAAGGAGGUCGGCAGCCCAACAAUGUCAGUGUGUGGGUGCAGCUGCCGGUCUACAUCCUGCUUGCCAUUGCGGAGAUCUUGGGCUUUGUCACUGCAUUUGAGUACGCCUACAGCAAGGCCCCAAGGGAGAUGAAGACUGUUGUCCAAGCCUUGACGCAGCUCACUGCUGGAGUGGCCAGUCUUUUGGGGAUGGCUAUCAGCCCGGCGUCUAAGGAUCCGAACAUGGUGAUUGUGUACUCGUGUCUGGCGGGAGCUAUGGGGGUGUCUGCGGUGGCGUUCCUGUGGCGGUUCCGCCGCUAUGACAAGAUUGAUGCGUCGUUGAAUCAGUUCUAG